AUGGCAAACAGCCAGGGCUCCCCGCUUCCCCGCGCCGACUCUCCUACCCGCUCUCCCCGCUCUGCAUCUGUCUCGCUGCAAGCUGCCGCCACCAUGAACGCCGGUCUCCAGCGCGAGCCGUCUCGACAGUCGUCUAGCAGCUCGUUGCCGCGAAACACGUCCUCUCCCCACGCCGGCCGCCGCCGAUCGACGGUGCUCAUGAACCUGCAACUCAACGACCCUUCGAUACCUGCGCCCGGCGAGAUGGCCCACGACCAGUCUGAUCCUCAUCAUCAUCGCGCACCCAGCUUGGGCGAGCUUCACCAGGAGUUGGAAGCGGAGCAGGAGGCACAUGUGAAUCGUCUGCUGCAAAUGAUCCGCCAGCAGCAGCUGGAGCUUCAGCGUCUCCAGCAACAGCCCAUGUCGCUUCCUGGCGGCCCUCCCCCCGCAACCAUUGGCUCGUACUCCCGCUCGCCUGGCUUCUCGCAUCCACGAAGCUCCUUUGACGUGGCGCGCGCCGAACUCCAUCGUCGCUCCAGGACCCCAAGCCGCGGCGCAUCUCCGAGGCUCCGGGCCACCUCGAUCAGUGCCGAUAGCGGAGACUGGGUGCUUGGUGGCCGUGACGAAAGCGCAUUUUACCAGGCCGAGACUCAGAUGCUGGUCCGCGAGAACCAGAUGUUGCGGCACCGCAUCCGCGAUCUCGAGAAGCAGUUUACCGACCUUUCGGCUUCUUCGACGAGUGCGACGGAACCGACGAUACCCUCUCAACUCACUCGAUCGUCUACCACGGCGGAUGAGGGGGGCGAAGCGGACGCCUCGGAGAAGGAGUCAUGA